AUGAUUGUGGAGGGCAAGAAAGGCUUUCUGUUCUGUUCAUGGUGCUGUGAAUAUUACCCAAAGUUACCAAAUCUUAAAAAGUUAUGGCUGUCGGAAGCGGAAUGGGUUUUUAGAUAUGGGUUUAAAAGGGCUAGCAGGAAUUGGAAGAAGCUGGAAGAGUUGUCGAUAGGAGGACUAUACUAUGAGCACGUAAUAUUUUUUACUCUUUCACUGAGCAGGAACUACAGAAACUUGAAUUCGUUAUGGUUAUCUGGUUUUAAACUGCCAUUCUCUGGAGGAUACAGCCUUAAGUUCGACAAUGUUAUUUCCUUGCACAUUAGAGAUCUACGUCAGCUUAGAGAUUUGACAAUUACAGGAGCUGGGGUACACAAUGAGGGGGUAGAGACUAUCAUGGCCAACUGUGAAAAGUUAUCAAGGCUAAAUCUUAUUAACUGUGCUCGAUUGGACCCUGGAAUAUAUCAUCUUCCUGCCAUCUCAGUAGAAGUGAAAAGGAAUCAUACAAAAUGGUACAUUGACGCACAAGAGUUGUCGUCUAGCAUACAAGAGUUGAUUGAGCAGUUAUGA